AUGUCCGAAGCACAGACCGAGAACCUCUACGCCUCCCUCCUCGCCACCGCCCGAUCCUCCGUGGACACGGUCCUGUUUCUGGAGACGAUCCAGCAGGAGAUCGAGACCGGGUACGCGCUGCGCACGGAGCUCCGCCACGAGAACGAGCGCGCGCUGAGCUCGCUGCUGGCGGCGAUGCCGAAACUCAGCGAGCGGGGGCCGUUCGUCCGGCGGCUGGAGGAACAGGCCCAGCAGCUGACCGCCGAGUCCGCGUCGCUGCGGGAAAAGAUGAAAGUCGUGCAGAAUAAGAAAAUCAGCCCUUGA